AUGGCCACUAGCAACGCCGAAUAUGUCAUGACCGAGAUUCUGCCCGGCAGCUCGGACCGAAGCAGAAUCUUUCUCCCCAACGUGUACAGUAGCCCUAAGGACCGACGACAGCGCUUCAAGGCCCUUAUGAAGAAGGCCGUCAACCUGGCGGGCUCCAACCCCCUCGUGGUGGCGGGUGACUUUAAUGCUCCGCACCACAACCUGGGGCUACCCGUACGACACCAGCAAGAGUUGGGCACCUCGUCAUGUAGAGACUCGGCCCCCGACUUGACCUUCGUCAAGAAUCUCACCGAGGCACAGUGGACCAAUUCGGCGACAGACUUGGGUAGCGUCCACUACGUCCUGGUCACGCAGUUCUCAGUCGCCCGAAAGAAGGCACGGGAGUUUUCUUGGACGGACUGGGACCAGUUUCGCAAAAUCAGGGAGGACGUCAGGAGUACCACCAAGAAGAUCAGCACCGACCUUCCGGUUGAGAAGAUUGACAGCCGCCUGGCCCACCUGCUCGAGGCCAAGCAGUCGCUUCUUGCCCGCCGGAAAAGCCAGCGCCUAAACCGUAGGUUGCGCAAGAAGAUCUCGGAACUGAACAAGACCAUCGAGAAGCACUGCCGCGUCCUCGCCAAGCAGCAGUGGGACGAGGUGUGCAACUCGGUGGACGGCCAGAUGCGCAAUGGCAAGACGUGGAACCUGCUCAAGCCCCUGCUCGACGAGACUAACACCAGGACCAACCAGCGGCACCUACUAGCGCGGGCUGUGCACGAGGCGAAGCAGUCCUCUUCCGAAGAGGAGGUCAUGAAGCAGCUGGUGCAAAAGUACCUCCCUGUCGACUCGAGCCCCACAACAACGUACCCCGAGUACUCCGGACCGGCCAACCCUGAACUGGACGCCGAGAUCUGCAACGAAGAGGUUCGCCGGGUGCUCCACGAGCUCAAUGGAAGUGAGGCUUGGAAGGUCGGCGAGGUCCCCGAUCCGUGGAAACUCGCACACACCGUGCUCAUCCCCAAGCCCGGCAAGCCACCCAACCUGGACAACCUGCGCCCCAUUUCGCUCAUGUCCUGCGUGGGCAAAGUGGCCGAGCACGUGGUGCUCAACAGGCUGACCCGGUACUUGGAGGACAAUGGGCUCUACCAGCACACCAUGAUCGGUUUUCGCGCCAAGCUCUAG